ACACACACACACACACACACACACACAUACACUCAGACCCAGAGUCCCAGUGGUCGGGCAUGCAUGUGUUAGAGCUCACUCUCAGCAGCUAACUUGGAGCAGCCUGGAUGGAGCACUGCCGUGUGCUGGAUGGAGAACCUGUGGAUUGACAGCAUCGUUCUGCACUGACUGGAAACCUCAGCAGCCUGUUUUACCAUGGAGUUUGGAAGAGUUUGGUCCAGAUAUCAGAGGACAGUGGUGAUUACCAUGAUGAUGUUCAAACUGGGCUUACUGUGCACAGUAGCAGCAGACUCGUGUUUGUCAUCUCCCUGCAACAAUAAUGCCACGUGUCUUGACCACCUGGGUGACUAUGUGUGCGUGUGCCUCAAAGGACCGGUGUGGUACAUGGGGAAAAACUGUGAUGAGCUGUAUGACGCAUGUAUUAUGGCACCCUGCACCAACUGUACCAGCAAGCCUGGGUCUGACGAGUUCACCUGCCAUUGCCCGGAUGGCUUUACAGGGCUAAACUGCACCCAGGAUGUAGAUGAAUGUCAGAGCAACCCCUGCAAAGGUAACCAGUCCUACUGUGUCAACGGAGUCAAUGGCUAUUCCUGCCACUGUCCCCUGGGAAUGGGAGGCCAGGACUGCCAGGAGAAUGUGACUACUUGUUCAGAGAAAACAUGCCAGAAUGGUGGCACUUGUAUGGACAUCCCUGACAUUGGGCACAUGUGCCAGUGUGCGGCUGGGUACCAGGGGAGUAACUGUGAGGAAAACAUUGAUGAAUGCCUGUCUGAGCCCUGUCAGAAUGGAGCCAUCUGUAAAGACGGGGUUAAUGCCUACCAGUGUUUCUGUGUGCCUGGAUUUCAAGGCUACCACUGUGACUUAGACAUCAACGAGUGUGCAUCUCGACCCUGUCAAAACAAUGGCACAUGUCUGGAUGAGGUGGAUCACUACAGGUGUGACUGCGCUCCGGGUUUCAAAGGGAUUAAUUGCGAGGUGGAGAUUGAUGAGUGCGAGGUGCAUCCCUGCCAGAACGGCGCCACCUGCCGAGACCACAUCGCCACGUACACGUGUGAGUGCAUGGCCGGCUUCCAGGGCCAAGACUGCGAGGUCAACAUAGAUGAAUGUGCCAGCAUCCCCUGUUUGAAUGAGGGCAAGUGCAUAGACGGGGUCAACAGCUAUGAGUGUGACUGUGAGGGGACGGGCUUUGUAGGCGACCACUGUGAAGAGGAUAUUCCUGAAUGUGCUUCUGACCCCUGCCAGCAUGGAGCCACUUGUUUGGAGGCGACCAACCAGUACAAGUGCCUCUGCUGGCCAGGUUACGAAGGAGAGAACUGCCAGCUGGAUAGAGAUGAGUGUGAGCAGCAUCCCUGUAAGAAUGGUGGCGAGUGUUUCCAGCGCUCAGAUAUCCUGAACUACGGAACGCUGCCUGAAUUCAGCAAAGCCACUUUCAGCUACGAAGAGGCAGCUGGUUUCAUCUGCCGCUGUUUGCCAGGAUUCACUGGAGACAACUGCUCAGUCAAUGUGGACGAGUGUGAGUCUGCUCCGUGUCAGCAUGGAGGAACCUGUCAGGAUCUGGUUAACUCUUAUCAAUGUGUGUGUCCAGAUGGCUUCACAGGUGUACACUGUGAGGAGGACAUCAACGAGUGCGAGAGUGAUCCCUGCCAGAAUGGCGCCACGUGUGAAGACGCUGCCAACUCCUAUAGGUGUCACUGCCCCGUGCCAGAGCCUGGCCAGGAGCCUUGGGGCGGGCGAGACUGUGACGUCCUUCUGAUCGGCUGCCAACAGCACCAGUGUCAACAUGGAGCAGGUUGCGUCCCUGUACUGACCAAUGAUGGAGAACACAGCUACACCUGCCUGUGUCCGCCUGGCUGGACCGGAGAACGCUGUAACACCUCCACCACCUUCUCCUUCAACUCUGAGGGCUACAUCCACAUGCAGCUGCCUAUUUCAAAAAACAGGACAAAACGAGAGACUAAAGACCACAAUGACAGGCUCCACAUGGAGCUCCAAUUCAGGAGCACUCUGCCCGACAUGGUGCUGUACUACAGGGGCACUAUGGAGCGCUUUGUCUCCUUGGAGCUUGUUGGAGGCUCCCUUCAGGCCAGGGUGAAGUCAGGGAAGGUACUGCAGGUCAUUUACCCUGGCCCAGUCAAUGACGGGGAAUGGCACCAGGCCACUGUGACCAUGGAUGAGAGGCUGGUUCUGGUCGUAAAAGGACCCGGCUGUGAGGAAGAGUGCCUGGUGAAAAAUGAGGGCUACAAUCAUCUUAUCUUCCUACAGCCUAGCUCCUUUCAACAUCUGUAUGUUGGAGGGGCACCGCAGGAAUAUUUGGCCCAAACGUCCAGCGGAAGGGGGUUCAUUGGCUGCAUGCAAGACCUUCAAGUUGACCACAAGCUGCUUCUACCUCAGGAUCUCAUUAAAGAGGAGAACGAGGCCUUGGAAAUAGGAUGCAGCAAAAACGAUUGGUGUCAAGAUGACCCAUGCAUGCAACGUGGGCAGUGUGUGGACAUGUGGGUUCGUCCCAGCUGUCGGUGUCAUCGGCCCUACUAUGGCGAAAGCUGUGGGAAAGAGUAUCCAUCCUGGACCUUCGGACAUGAGAACACCACCAGCUACGCCAGCUUCAACAUCUCGGAAACUCAUGGAGACAACUUCACUAUCUCCUUUUUAAUGCGUUCCCUCAAACACAACGGUCUGCUCCUGCAACUCCGUCGAGAAGGAAAGCCCUACCUGACACUCUAUCUGAAGGAGGGCACUGUAGCUAUUUACAGCCCUCACACCACUCUGCUGUCAGAGGCCAUGUUCGUCACUGACGGCACCAACAAUUUAGUGACUGUAAAGGUACAGUAUGGCCAUGUGGUCUACCUCAAAGCAGGGAAUCAUCGGGCAUUAGGCAAUGUGAGUAUAGAGGCAGGGGACGUGGUAUAUGUGGGAGGGCUCCCUGCAGGCAAGAGCAUGAAUGCCUGGGGUGGAAAUUUCAAGGGCUGCCUGCAGGACAUUCAGCUGGACCACAAGCAUCUGACCACUGAGGAUCAUGCAGAGGGGGUCGAAGUUUACCAGGCAGGCACAGAGGAGAACGUGCUGCCAGGAUGCCAAAGUGAUGACACAUGCAAGGAUCAUCCCUGUUUUAAUGGGGGACAGUGUCAGGUUACCUGGAAUGACUUCAAGUGCAACUGUUCCAUUAACUUCUCGGGCCGGCUGUGCGAGACACGUUUGUGGUGCGUCGACAACCCUUGUUCUGACACAGUACGCUGUGUGGACCUACAGGACGGAUAUGAGUGUUUAACUGAAGCCAUUUUUCAGGACAACGCUCUUCAGUAUGUUUCCAACGGUUCCCUGCUGAGCCCUGUUACCAACAUCACCAUGGAUGUACGGACGCGGGACGAGAACGGGAUCUUGUUGCGAGCCGGCAGCAGAGCCGAAGUCUUCUGCAUUGGUCUGCUAAACUCCUCUCUGCUGGUCAAACUGAACAGCGGGGCGAGUGCAGAGCUGCUGGCCUUUACAAGUGACAGAGCCAUCGCAGACGGAGCAUGGCAUCACAUCCAGCUGACCAUGGUCGAUCCCACACAGUUAGCAUCCCGCUGGCGCCUUACCAUCGAUGGGCAGAGAGUUGGUGGUAGCUUCGGCAUUGGCGGCAACCUUAACUUCCUGAAUAACACCAAAAUCUGGCUGGCGGAGAAAUACACUGGAUGUUUAGGGGAGGUGAGAGUGGGUGGAGUCUACCUGCCGCUCAUAAAUGUACCAGACGCUCCGCAGAUGAGCCGGUUCUCCAGAUUGGGUGGGCACGAGCCAAUCAUAGGAUGCCAAGGUGAACCGAUUUGCGAUUCCCAGCCCUGCCUCAACCAGGGUGUAUGCCAGGACCAGUUUAAUGAGUUUAACUGCAGCUGCAGCGCAGGAUGGGAGGGGGAACUGUGCGAGCUGGAGGUUAAUGAGUGUUCUUCAGGUCCCUGUGUCUACGGUACAUGUAGAGACCUUCUGGCAGACUACCAGUGUGACUGUGAGCCUGGAUACAUAGGGACAAACUGUGAAGAAGAGGUGGAUAACUGUGUGGAGUUCAGUUGUGUGAAUGGAGGAACCUGUGUGGACAGGUUGGGAGCUCACACCUGUUCAUGUCCUCCUGGCUACGUCGGCAAACGCUGCCAGUGGCGGUUCCCUCCAGUGGCGUGCGAUGCACACACAGAGUGUCGUAACGGAGGGGUUUGUAUAGGAGGUGACUCUGGAGGCAACUGCACCUGCAAGUCGGGAUUCACGGGUGCCAGGUGUCAGACAGAAAUAGACGAGUGUGAGUCCAGCCCUUGUCUCAACGGUGCCACCUGUCUGGACAGACUCAACCACUUCCAGUGUGUGUGUGUGCCGGGUUACAGCGGCACAGUGUGCGAGAGCAACAAAGCGGAGCAUAUGGAGCGAAUCCCCUGGCUGGUGGUGACCAUUCCCCUGAUCACCCUGUGUGUGUUACUGGCCAUCCUGGUGGUGUUUUGCCUCAUCAUGACAGCGCGGAAGAAGCGGCAGUCAGAGGGCACGUACAGCCCCAGCUCACAGGAGGUAGCCGGAGCCAGGCUCGAGAUGGGCAGUGUCCUCAAAGUGCCCCCAGAGGAGAGGCUGAUCUGAGGCCUGCAGCCUUGCCUCACAGCCUCACAUCCAGUAGAUGGAUCUAUGUAAAGGGGCAGAGAGAACAUAAGCUCUGCAGUGUCACACUGGCGGGCCCUCCUGCCCUCUGAAGAAGUGAUGGAGGAUUACUCAGUCAGUGCGUUUACAUGCACAGCAGUAACCGGGGUAUGGUCUUACCCUUGUUAAGUGAAUAACCUGGUUAUGCCAGUUCUCCCUGCAUACAUAACGGGGAAGAAUGCGAAGAAUAACAAGAGUAACAACAGCUUGGAAAACGGGGAGAACAUGGACGAAUUUUCAGCGCUGUACAUUUAAUACAUUCUUCAUGCCUUACUUCUCGUACUGGCGUGGGUUUAAAGGUUUAAAGCUUGUAUUGUUGCUGUUGCCGUUUGGCGCUGUUGUUUCCAACUGCUCUCUUAUAUUUCCGUGCAGCAGAGAGGGCAGGGGCUGUUAUAACCUACGGAGGAUGCGCAGACGCAUAACCCAAGCUUAGCCCGGUUAAGACGUAUACAUGCCCGAAUACCCCGGUUACUAAAGGAGUUCUGUAGGUCUGUUAACCAGGGUAUGAGUACUUUGAUUUUAGCUGGGGUUAGGUGAUUACAUGGCGUUUGAGUAAACAGGGCAUUGCCUUAACCCGAAUAUAAUCACUCAGGUUCUUAAACUGCAUGUAAACGCACUGAAUAAUGACUGAUCCUCCACCUGGAAAAACUACUGAUGUUGAAGACUCGUAGAUGUACAGUUAAAGACGAGUGACAGUUAGCCGAUUACUCAGGCUGUCCUGCUGGGGCGAGAGUGGUCAAAGGAUGCUCUGAAGCUCGACGUCCCCUUUGCAAAGUUGAGUCUUGAGGACAAUCUCAAGUUUCACAUGGGACCAAACUCAUGUGAGGACCACAUGUACUAAAGAAAAGCCCAAACGUCUGUAGGUAUUAAUUAACUGAAACUCUCUGACACCCUCCAUAGGGGCAAGUAAUUCAUCAUUUAUGGUUUAGUCAAGCAAAACAUUAAAAACCUUCCUCUGCAGUUUGUGUUUUGCAUGACAGGGGAACGAGGGAUGUGUAAAGGGAGAAGAACACAUGUGAUAUCAAUUCUGUCAAACAGAGUCUUAAUUUGCAUGAGUAUAAAUUGCAUAAUAUUAUCAGGGCGGCACUUUCUUCUUCACCAACAUACUCCUUGUAGUAUUACAUUGCAUUUACAAGGGGCGUCUGUUUAAAGAGAGAUUUUUUUUUACAGACAAACUCUAAUUUAAUGCUUAUCCUGCAUGACUUCAACUCUUCUGCCAUAAUGUGAGAUAAUUUCUGCUUUUUUCUCUCUCCUUCCACGGUAAAUUUGUGUUUUUUGUGUCUAUGAAUUUGGAAGAAGCAGUUGCAGGAAUGUAUUUUUGAUUCAAAACUCAUGUCAUCUUUUGCUGAAUAAGACAUUUAAAUUUUUUACAAUAUUGCCUUGAGCACCGUUGAUUUCAGGUGCUUAACAUAGGCUAUAUAGAGUCAUUCUUGUCCGACGGGGAAAACAUUCUUAAGUUGAAGGCGGUACUCUUCUAUCAUGUGGAUGCAGGUUUUCAUUCACUCAGUUACUGAGUAACUUCUCUUUAUUCAAGCUGCUGCAGUCUGUGAAUGAAAAAAAAUCCCCCCCCUCCCAUAGAAUGAAAUAUAACUCCAGAACCCCCAACUUAACAUGCAGAGCGACAUCACUGCAGCCUCUGCAGGGGUCAAAAACUCCUGUGUUAAUAUUUGCUGUAUUAUAUUGUCAAUGUGCACUGUACAGGCUAACCACUCUGCCCAUUCUUUGUCACUGUGUAAAUAUGCUGUGAGUGUUUUAUCCAUGUCUUUGUGUUGUGUAUAAUGUGCUGCAAAAGUUCAAGUCACUGUAUUUCCCUUUUUGUAAUAUUUUCAAGAAGAACGGUAUGUAAUUGUAGGAAUGUUAUUGCUGUGGUCUAAACGUGUCACGUCAGUAUUUGUGGACAUAAAUAACUUUCUUCAAGUGUCAGAAAAAAGAGAAUUCAGCGAAGAAUGUCUUCUUGAAUUGUAGCUAAUUUAAAGGAAGAAUUCUAC